CCACCGGAAUUAUAAAUUAAGAUUAUUCACGCAAGCUAAUCACUCCGUUAAAAAAAUUAAUCUAAACUAUUAUCUCAACGUCGUGAAGCUCAACAACGUUGUCCUUCGUCUACUGAUUUCAUAGCUCUCCACAACUCUAUACCGUUAAGCUAAAAUGCAAAAUUUUCUUUUCUAUAAAGCCCACUAAAUCAUCUGCCUCACAUACACUCGAUUCAGACAAUAAUUCAGAGACGACAUGGGAUUUCUUGUUCUGGGUUUUGUGCUGUGUCUUCUCCCUCUUCUAUUUUGUAGCCUGAAACUGUUUCAUGCAAUAUGGUGGAGACCCAAAAUGAUAGAGAAGAAGCUGAGAAAAGAAGGCAUCCAUGUCCUUCCUUACAAUUUUAUUCAUGGGAACCUUAAGGAGAUGAUCAAGUUAGCCUCAGAAGCUAAGUCUAAGCCAAUGGAGCUAACCCACGACAUCGCUUAUCGUGUCGAUCCUUUUCUUCUGCAACUCUCCAUUUUGUAUAAGAAGCCAUUUGCUGUUUGGUAUGGAAUCGUUCCUCGAGUGACGAUCAUGGAUCCGAAGCUAAUAAGAGAGAUCUUAACGAGGAAGUUUGAAUUUCGAAAGCCAGAAGUAAGUUCAACCAUGAAGUUUUUCUUGAAAGGCCUUGCGAAUAUUGAUGGAGAUAAGUGGGCAAAGCACAGGAAGAUAAUCAACCCUGCGUUUCACAUAGAGAAAUUAAAGGGGAUGUUACCAUCUUUUAUGGCUUCAUGUGAAGAAAUGGUUGAGAAAUGGGAGAAGUUGAUAGACUCAUCAGCAAACUCUUGUGAAUUGGACGUAUUCCCUGAGUUUCAGAACUUAACAGGAGAUGUUAUAUCAAGAGCAGCUUUUGGCAGCAAUCUUCAAGAAGGGAGGUUGAUUUUCAGUCUUCAGAGAAAACAAGCUGCACUCUUUUUACAGUCAAUUUUCAGUCUGAAUUCCAUCUGGUCAAGAUUUUUGCCCUCAAAAUUGCACAAACGGAUGAUCAAAAUCCACCAAGAAGUUAGAGCUCUGCUUAGUGGCUUAAUAGAGAGUAGGGAGAAGGCUAUACUUUCAGGAAAUGGAUGCAAGGAUGAUUUGUUGAAUCUACUACUCAAGUCUAAUUUAAAUGAGAUUCAACAAAACAAAGAUCUUGGGAUGUCAAGAGAAGAUGUGAUAGAAGAAUGCAAGCUAUUCUACUUUGCUGGUCAUGAGACCACUGCCAAUUUGCUAGCUUGGACUAUGAUUGUGUUGAGUAUGCAUCAAUCCUGGCAAGAAAAGGCUAGGCAGGAGGUUCUGCAACUCAUUGGAAAAAAUAACCCAACUUUUGAUGAGUUGAACCACUUAAAGAUAAUGAACAUGAUCCUGCUUGAGAUUCUGAGAUUAUAUCCGCCAACUUCACUUGUUCGAUCCAUUAAAGAAGAGACAAAGCUAGGAGAAUACUCUUUUCCAGGUGGAGUAAGCUUGCUGAUUCCAGUGUACCUCAUCCACAGGGAUCCUGAGCUAUGGGGAGAAGACGCAACAGAGUUUAAUCCCGAAAGAUUUUCUGAUGGGAUUUCCAAGGCAACUAAGGAUUCACAAUCUUCAUUCUUUUCGUUCGGCUGGGGACCAAGAAUGUGCAUUGGCCAAAACUUUGCAAUGCUUGAAGCUAAAUUAGCACUAGCUUUGAUUUUGCAACACUUCUCUUUUGAGCUUUCCCCUUCCUACAAACAUUCUCCCAACGUUGCUCUUACUCUUCAACCUCAGUUUGGUGCGCAGAUCAUCAUACACAAGAUUUAAUGGGAAGAAAUGCUUAUUAAAUUAUGUGUAUUUUAAUUUUUACAAAUAAUAUUUUUUUCUAAUUAAGUCGAUAAAUGUCACACUAAAUAAUUAACUCUC